UUGAAUCUCGGCGGCACGGAGGAGGAGCGGCUCGGUUGUUCGGGACUGCUAUACUUUCUGAGGUUUCCAGUUCCGGCGCUUUCCCGUCCCCCGGGCGGGCUCCCUUCUCCCUCGUCUGCGUUCGCGGCCUACGAGCCUUAACCCGGCAGAAUGAGUCUGCAGAUCUUAAAUGACGAAAAUAUUACUGGUGAUAUAACUGCAGAAACUUGUGACUUCCUGUUUACACCGCCAGAGCUAACAGGAACAUUAUCAUUUUUUCGUACGUCCCAGAAAGAAAAUGUGCCACCAAAAAGUAUAGCAAAAGCUAUGAAAGUAACUUUUCAAACUCCUUUGCGGGAUCCACAGACAAAUAGAAUUUUAAGCCCAACCAUGACAAGUAAACUUGAGAAUUCUUUUACCCUGAAUGAUUAUACAGAUGAUUUAAAGGAUGCUCAUCCUCCUGCUUCAAGAAAUGAAAAAAAUCAGCAGGUAACCAAAGGAGUUGAUAGGAAAACAAUGAAUGAAACUUCUCAAAGACAAGAAACAAAUCCUGCCCUUUAUCCAGAUCUGCUGUCAGUGAAAAGCAGUGGCUCCUAUAAUAUUGAUUUGGAUAGUCUGAUGGAUUUUGACCCAUUUGUAAACUCGUCCCAGAAUCCAAGAUCUUCAUUAGUAACUAAUGACUCUGAACUUAUCUUGGAAGAAAUUAACUGUUACUCAUUGGAUGAAACUUAUCCAUUUAUUUCUGAAGACUUUAAAGAAUCCUCAGGAAUAAAAUCUUCUAGAAGCCCUGAAAAAAUUUCAGAGAAAAGUUGUGAUAGUCUAAAAUCUGCUUCAUUGACUGACAAAAACACUGAUGAAAUAAAUAGAGUAGCAGCCUUAGAGGAAGAGUCUGAUGGCAGUGUGGUAACCCAGAAUCUUAUGAAUGGAGUUGUGUCCAAUAAGGAAGAACAGAAGUUAUCUUUGGACUCGGGACAGCCUGAAGAACCAGUUUCUGCAGCUCAUAAUAUCCAGCCUGCCAGUAUAUCAACACAUUUGCUAGCUUGUAACUCUGACUUUGUCAACAAUGAUGAAAAAAAGACAAUCGAUUCUGAGUUAUCAGCUCUUCCCCUUGUAGAAGAGAAGCCUGUACAUGUGGUUGAGCCUUUGAAAUGCCAGCCUGUAAAACUAGAAUUUGAUUUUUCUGAUAACAUUACUGUCAAGCCACCACCAAGAAAAUUAGGAAAGGGUCCUGGAAUUAAAUCUAAGAAACCUUCUAUAACCCAGGAGAGAGUGACAAAAAACCUGGCAAAGGAAAGCAAAUGUCAGGAGAAAGAAAAUAUGGACCCUCUUCCAAAGGGAUCUUAUAAUUUAGAUUGGGACAAGCUUGAUGAUCCAAAUUUUAACCCAUUUGGGAAAAGGUCUAAGCCUUCUCCUUCUCAUCAUCAGAAAUCUAGUAAUGAAAGCACUGAACUUGAAGAGAAUCAUGCAGCACAGAGUGACAGCUUUCCUAGUGAGCAGAAUAGUAUGACUGCUAUUGAUGACAUACCCAAAAGUCAGCAGGUUCUUACCUCUGUUGCUGCUGCUGAAUCUAUUCUUCCAGUAGGAACAGAAACUUUGAUAACUGGGGAUCAGGAGAAAACGGAAGAUUCUUCAGAUACUUCAGUUGAUACAAGCAGUCAAGCUAGUCCAGCAUUAACCACUGGUUCUGAACUCCACCAGAAGGAUGAAUUGGAUACAAAUGUCAAGGGAGAAACUGCUAUAUCUGAAGAGGACUUCAAAUCUCCUUCACAAGUUUUAGGCACAGGUAUAGAAAUCGACUAUUUGGAACAAUUUGGAACUUCUUCAUUCAAGGAAUCUGCCUUGAGGAAACAGUCCUUAUAUCUUAAAUUUGACCCACUACUGAAAGAGAGUCCUAAUAAACUACCUCCUGUAAAUAUUGAAAUAACAAAUGGCCUUCUGGACUCAGGAAAACAAUCUCAGAAAAAUCAACAUGAUGCAAAGCUUGAUGAAUUUGACUUCCUAGGAACAUUUAAUAUUCCUGUAAUAGGACUUCCUGAUGGACCUGAGUGUAUGGGUGUUCCUGUGACAACCACAGAUUUGCCUAUUUCUGUCGAUGCUAUUAUAGAUGUGUUGAAGUAUAGCCAGAAAGACAUGGAUGUGGCUGUAGAAAAAGUCAAAGAAGAAGUUAAAGAAAAACAAAUGAAAAUUCAAGAAUUGGAAGACAAAUAUGCAAAAUUCCAUGUGGAAUAUUUAGAUAUGGGGAAAAUUGUAGAAGAAUAUGAAGGGAUAAUAACUCAAUUGAUGGCGGAUGCUCAGAAGCAGAAAGAUGUUUCAAAGGCUGAAAUCCAGAAGAUUUUGUCAGAAAAACAGCAAAUUACAGCAGACCUGAAUUCCAUGGAAAAAUCUUUUUCUGAUCUCUUCAAACGACUAGAAAAACAGAAGGAAGUUUUAGAAGGAUAUCAAAAGAAUGAAGAAGCCUUGAAGAAAUGUGUUGAAGAUUAUCUGUUGAGAAUUGAAAAGGAAGAGAGAAGGUAUAAAGCACUCAAGGCUCAUGCGGAAGAGAAAUUAAACCUAGCGAAUGAAGAGAUAGCCCAGGUUCGGAGCAAAGCUAAAGCUGAGACGCUAGCUUUACAAGCAAAUUUACGAAAGGAACAAAUGCGAGUUCAGUCACUAGAGAAAACUCUGGAACAAAAAACUAAAGAAAAUGAUGAAUUAACCAAAAUCUGUGAUGACCUGAUUUCAAAGAUGGAGAAGAUCUAACUUCAGAAUUUUGGAUUGUUCUAUUUUUUGUUCACCCUAACUUGUCCUUGUUUCAGUGUUGUCAGUUUUGUAUAUGUAAUGUUUGGUUGUCACGUGCACUUUCUUAACUUUCUUAAUUUCUGUUUUUCCAUGUUGCAGAUAUACUAAAGUGUAUUUUUUUUUAACUUAGUAAAUUGACCUGUUUUUAAAAAUGUGCUUAAAUAAAGUUAAUCCUGCAAGCUGUA